CAACGAAGCAAUUAAACGUAGUUUGCAUAGAAACCUGCUCGUAACAAACAGUUGCAACGUCGAUGUAACAACAAGCGCAAUCCUUCUUUGGUAAUUCACCGGACUCUCUCGACUCUCUUCCAAUUAUUAUUUAAUCAAGAUCAUUCUUCUACCACAUCUACAGAUUUGCUGAUUCUCAACAAAAAAUAUGUCUGAAGUCGAGGAGGAUGUCUCUCUAAUUCAUAAGAUUUUGAUGUGCAUAUGCUGUGUAGAUGGACCUCGCGAUACAAAUUUACCAAGUAAUAAUCAACCCGAUGGUGAACAAUCACAAACAACUCAGUAUGGCUCGAGUGGUUUGCAUCAAGUUGUGCAGGAUAACGGAACACCAACAACAAUGCAACCACAUGGAAUUGAAAGAGUUUCUCCUAAUCCACAAAUUGUCAGACCUAGACCGCAGGUGCAUAGGUUGCCUCCUACAGUAGCUGUACCUCCACUAAUAACAGCUAGACCUGGAGGUAUCCAUAAUACAUGGAACAGGGCACAGCUUACUCCUACACCAGUCGUAGCUCCACAAUUUGCUAAACCUAUACAAGAUGCAUAUAGUGCCUUUGAAUCAUACAAUGUUGUCCGUAUUCCUCCUACUGCGACUGUAGUUCCACAAAAUGCUAGACCAACAACAAAUGUUCAAAAUACAUCUAAUCUUGUGCCAGUUCCUCCUACAUAUAAACCUGUACAAGUUCCUCCUACUCCAACUCUUGCAACAAUUGUCCAGAAUACAUAUAAACCUGUACAAGUUCCUAAAACAGUUGCUCCAAAAAAUAUUAAAACACAAGCGUAUCAUAGGUUUAAAUCAAAAAAUGUUGCAAAAGUUCCUUCUGUUGAAGCAGCUGUUCCACGAAAUGAUGAACCAAAGACGCGUGGAUCAAAUGCACCAGAGACAUUACCUCCAGAUCUUGCUCUUAAAAAGCAACAACCUAAAUUGUACAAUCAAAAUGAGAGUAGCAGCAGAAGCAGCGACAACUUAACAUUGAAAAAAGAUAUGAUAAAAUUGAACGCCUCGGUUGGACACAUCAAAGUCGGCAAGAAUGUGGAGCCGCUAGUAUUGAAAACGAACUUUGAAUCGUCGCAGGAGUUUCGAGAAUGCAUGUCCGUUCAUCUGGGAAAAGAAUUGGACGACUCGCUCGGUUCAUCUUCAUCGUCGUCCGUGGAUGAACUGGACGAAGAGUACUACAUGAACAGGCCAACUUCAAUAUUCACGAUAGAGCAACGAAAUCCCGGCGAAUCUGAUGCAAACGUGAGUAACGGGUUGCAUACAGCGCAACAAAGCUCGCAGGUAGAACAAGUAGUUCCUGCUGCGGCGAAAACGCAUAGAAGCAAUGGCAAAAGAAAGAAGUGGAGGAAAAGACAGAAGAAAAAUACGGCUCAACAACCAAAGAACAUGCAUUAGUAAUAAUGACAUAUUUUAA